UUCAUUUCUUAUCAAUAUGAAGUUCAGACGAUUGGGUAUAGAAUUAAUUUUGGUUUACCUAAGUUUUUCAUUAAAAAAUGCCUCAUCGGACAGUCAAAGUAAUAACCAGAGAAUAUUGAAUUAUAAUUCAAAGAUACCAUUAAUAGCGAUACUUUAUAAACGUAAUGACGAAAACGUCAGAGCACCAGGGUUAGAAAGUGACGUCAUAACUCCUGAAAUCAGCCCAGUUGAACCGCCGCAUGAUCAAGAACUGUAUAAUUUCUACCACGUUUUAAGGACGACGCAAGAAAACGAAGAAGUCGAUACAGAUGCAGCGAUGGUCUUUGAGAAGACUGAGAAUGUUCUCCGGCAAGCUCUACGUGCUAGAUGUGAAAGAUUGGACUCGUGUGUGAGAAAAUGCCCUCGAAAGAAGAAGUACACUUGUACGAUAACGUGCAGGGAGGAGUACGAUGACUACGAUUUAUGUAAGAAGCCGAAAAAACCAUAUUGCAAAAGACCAAAGUGUGGUAAAACUAUGCCACCCGCUUGGCUUUUAAGAAAAUAA